CCGCUCGGCCCGUGCCGCCGUCCGGAGCCGCAGCCGGCCUGUCGCGUGGCGUCCCGUCCCCGCCUAGGCCCCGGAGGAGCGCGGCGGGAUGGCGGUUGGCCGGUACGGCCGUUACCGGGCCGUGAUCUUCACGGCCAUGUUCGUCGGGUACACGCUGUACUACUUCAACCGCAAAACCUUCUCGUUCGUCAUGCCCGCCGUGAUGGCCGAGGUGCCGCUGGGGAAGGACGAGCUGGGUCUCAUCACCAGCAGCCAGUCCGCAGCCUACGCCAUCAGCAAGUUCAUCAGCGGCGUCCUCUCGGACCAGAUGAGCGCCCGCUGGCUCUUCUCCUCCGGCCUCCUGAUGGUGGGCUUGGUCAACGUGGUCUUCUCCUGGAGCUCCACCGUCACGGCCUUUGCCGGGCUCUGGUUCCUCAACGGACUGGCCCAGGGGCUGGGCUGGCCGCCCUGCGGGAAGAUACUGCGAAAGUGGUUUGAGCCAUCCCAGUUUGGGACCUGGUGGGCAAUCCUGUCUACAAGCAUGAACCUGGCCGGAGGCUUGGGCCCCAUCGUCGCUGCUGUCAUGUCUCUGAGCUAUGACUGGCGUGUGAUUCUGUCCUUCUCCGGCUUCAUCUGCGUUGUCGUCUCUUUUGCUUGCCUUGUCCUGAUUAAAAACGAGCCAUCGGAUGUCGGGCUGCCCAACAUUGAACAAGGAGCUAAGAAGGGGAAGAAAGGUUCCUCCAGCGACAACAGCACUUUGACAGAGCUGCUGCUCUCACCGUACCUCUGGGUGCUCUCUACAGGCUACCUGGUUGUUUUUGGAGUGAAAACGUGCUGUACCGACUGGGGACAGCUCUUCCUGAUCCAGGAGAGGGGACAAUCCAUGCUUGUGGGUAGCUCCUACAUGAGUGCCUUGGAGAUUGGAGGUCUGGUGGGAAGCAUUGCUGCUGGAUACCUUUCUGACAGAGCAGUAGCAAGAGUGGGUCUAUCGAGCUACGGGAACCCUCGGCACACGCUGCUGCUCUCCAUGAUGGCUGGGAUGUGCGUGUCCAUGUUCCUGUUCCGCGUGACAGUCACAGGCGAUUCUCCCAAGGAAAAUCACCUCUGGACUGUAGUCUUUCAACCUCUAGCUGAUCUUACAGGCCUAAAAGAACAAGAGCUGUGGAUCCUGACACUGGGAGCUGUGUUUGGGUUCUGCUCGUACGGGCCCAUCGCCCUCUUCGGGGUGAUCGCCAACGAGAGCGCUCCUGGCAACCUGUGCGGCACCUCCCACGCCAUAGUGGCUCUCAUGGCCAACGUUGGGGGUUUUCUGGCUGGACUGCCCUUCAGCACCAUUGCCAAGCACUACAGCUGGGCCACGGCCUUCUGGGUAGCCGAAAUCACCUGUACCAUGAGCACAGUCAUUUUCUUCUUACUCCGGAACAUCUGCACCAAGAUGGGACGGGUUCCCAAGAAGGCUGACUGAGGAGAAGCUGCUGGGUGAAAAGGAUGCUCCCACACCCAUGUGAAUGAUGCUCAUUUUUGGUUUAACUGGCCUAAGAGUGAGUUUACCUCUUGCUGCAACCUAGAUAAAAAAUGUCUCAAUUUCUCA